AUGGGAAUCGUCGGGAAUCUCGCUCCACAGCAGCGCGAAUCUUUCGACUCUCAAGGUUUUAUUGUGAUGGAAUCAUUUGCGAGCACUGAAGAAAUUGAAGCUAUGAGGAAAGAAUGGACGAAUUGCUUCAGGGCUUUGACCCCACCACCACCGCUUCUAUUUUCUCCACCAAAAAUCAGGUCUUUUUCAGUUUCUUGGAGCAAUUCGCUACAUGAGAUUGACCUGGUUUUCAAAGAAUUCUCUUGCUCUGAGAAAGUUUCAAAUUAUUUUGAUGCUUUACUUCUUUCUCUCCAAAUGAAAUGCAACCUUCUGUAUCUCUUGCAAACAGAACACACACUGCCAUUCCUGUUAAUAGAUGAAGAUUUGAAUGCUGUGCAACCGGGUAUAGGUGGUGAAGUAACUCCUCACCAGGACAACUCAUUUCUUUAUACUGAGCCUAAAACUUGCACUGAUGGUCUUGUAAGAAGGUUCAUCAGGGGUGAAGAUGGAGUUUUCUUUGAUAGGCCCUCACAAUCGUAUGACCAGAAAGAUUUUGUGCCUAUUGAAGUGAAAGCCGGGUCUUUGUCGUAA